AUCUCCUGUCAUCUCUCUCAGGCUCCUCCAAAUAUUCUUACACCAGAGGAUUGCAAAUCUAUCUCUCUCUUUCUAUUUAUAAAUGUUUCUUACCCGUCUCAGCUACAAAUCGCUUUUCUUUUCAUUUAAUUAAGGGGAAGUGGAAUCAAAGAGAAAGAGGGAAGAAGAAGAAGCGAAAGGCUUCGGAGGAAAGAGAGGAUGAGCACGUCCCCUGUUUUUAUAAAAAUAAUAUUAAAAGUAAUCAUCCCCUCUUCUUAGAUCUUAGUUUCUCUCACGUUCUCAUCUGGGUUCCCUUCAAAUUAUUCUCAGAAAUCAAGGGUCGGGCUCUGAUGGUGAAUGCAUGAAGGAUCCGUUGUUCCUGGAUUGAAUUGAAUUUGACAAUACCCACUUGGUAUUUUGUCAGAACACCAGCUGGGUUUUGUCUACUUCCGCGGAUAAGAACUGAUGGAAUCGGAUCUGGGUAAACUCUUCAUCGGUGGGAUUUCUUGGGACACGGAUGAGGAUCGCCUUAAGGAGUACUUCAGAACAUAUGGGGAAGUGGUGGAGGCAGUGAUCAUGAGGGAUCGCAUGACGGGUCGUGCUCGUGGGUUUGGUUUCAUUGUCUUUGCAGAUCCUGCUGUUGCAGAGAGAGUUGUUAGGGAUAAGCACAUUAUCGAUGGUCGGACAGUUGAAGCAAAGAAGGCUGUUCCUAGGGAUGAUCAGCAUAUUUUGCAGAGGAGCACCGGUAGCAUUCAUGGAUCUCCAGGACCUGGACGCACAAAAAAGAUUUUUGUAGGAGGUUUAGCAUCCACAGUCACAGAGAGUGAUUUUAAAAAGUACUUCGAUCAGUUUGGUACUAUUACUGAUGUCGUAGUCAUGUAUGAUCACAACACUCAAAGGCCAAGAGGCUUUGGAUUCAUUACUUAUGAUUCUGAGGAAGCAGUGGAUAGAGUUUUACACAAAACUUUUCAUGAACUCAAUGGUAAAAUGGUUGAGGUGAAGAGGGCAGUUCCGAAGGAGCUAUCCCCAGGGCCUAGCCGGAGUCCUCUGGUUGGAUACAACUAUAGUUUGAGUAGGGCCAACAACUUGCUUAACAGCUAUGCUCAGGGAUAUGGUAUGAACUCAGUUGGAGGAUAUGGAGUCAGGAUGGAUGGUAGAUUUAAUCCAGUUUCCAGUAAUCGAAGUGGGUUUCCUUCAUUUGGUGCUUCUGGCUAUGGAAUGAAUAUGAAUUUGGAGCCUGGGCUGAGCCCAAGUUACAAUGGGAAUUCAUACUUUAGUAGUAAUAUCGGAUAUGGGCGGAUGUUGAGUCCUUAUUAUAGUGGCAACUCAAACAGGUAUACUACUCCAAUUGGGUAUAAUGGGGUUAAUGGAAGAAGCGAUUCUGUAUUAACUUCAACAACUCGGAGUGUUUGGGGAAAUGGAGCCCUCAACAAUAACACAAAUCCUGCUAGCCCAGGUGCAUACUUGGGCUCUGGAGGUGGAAGCUUCGGAGCCUCUUUUGCCGACACUUUAGCAAAUUGGGGUACUCCUGUUUCAGCUAUGGGUGGAGGGAGUGCUUCGGGCUAUACUAGUGGGACAAGGAGUGGAGAAGGCAGCUUUGAGUUAGGAGGGAUGUAUGGAAGAAACAGUGGAACAGCUGCAGGAUCAGCAUCAUCAUUUACUCAAUCGGCUGAUAGUUAUGAUGGGUCCUAUGCAGACUUGUAUCGUAAUUCAGUUUAUGGUGAUUCAUCUUGGCAGUCUGCCUCUGCCCCCUCUGAGUUAGACGAUUCUGGUUCCUUUGCUUAUGGUCUUGGAAAUGCAGCUUCAGAUGCCAUGGCUAAAAAUUCUGAGGAUUAUAUUGGAAAUUAUAGUGUUACAAAUAGACAAUCAAACAGAGGUAACUUUUUCCUUCUCUAGUCUUUAAAUUUAGUAGACAUUUUCUUUAAACUUGAUCUUAUUUUAUCGUAGAAGCCUAUAGAGCAGUCCAAAUUGCUAUAAAGUUCAAAUUUGGUUGAACUUUGUUAACUCUAGAUGAAAUUUCUAGCCUGGAUUGAAGACAAAGGUUUUGAUAUAGUCUUUUCCGAAAUAGUAUAUUUGACUUUAGGCCAGAGUUUCCCAAUUUUAAAGUUGGUUUAGUCUUAACAGAAAAAGAAAAACAAAAAAGAAAUUUUACUAAUCCAUUGAAAGUCAUGGAAGUUUGAACCCUAUAAUGGAGAUUACGGUCUCAUGCAUGUUAGUUCAUGAUAACUUUCUUACAGAUGCUGCACAUGGUCAUUCGUCUAGACUCUAGAGAGUGUGCUAACGUGUUGAAAAUCAUGGAACUUUAGAAAAUGAUUAACAUGCUCUACUAUGCUUAGGCCAUGAUACAGUCUUAAAAGGAUUAUGUAGCUUGUCCUAGUCACCAAUUCGAUACGUCAAUCUCAUUAUGCUGGUCCAAAGAGAGGGAGGUCCAAAGAGAGGGGGAUUGGGCAGAUGUUUUAAACCUUGAACUCAUAUUAAUCCUAGAGGAUGACCUCCUAUACCAGUAAAAGCCAGAGAUUCCCAUUGAAAUACCGUAGGGAUUUUCAUGCAAAGUUGAUGAGCAGGAAGUGCAAUGGUGCGUUUUUAAUAUUUUUAGUCAGCACAUAUAUCAUUUAAUAUUUGUCGCAUAUAUACACCUGAUAUUGCUAACACAUGCAUGUGCCUAUCCACACUAUAUUGAUCUACACCCCCUAGCAUGCAAAUUAGAUUUUCUUAACUUCUUUGUAGCCCUGAGAUUGUCAAAAUAUUACACAUUGUAUGUCCAUAAAAAUAUGUUCGCCAGCUUUUGUUUUGCAACACAAAUGUUAUGUCAAUUGGACUAGCUGAAAAAUUCAACUGAUAUUAAAUGCAAUAUGAUAAUGAUGAUGAAGAAGAUAACAAUAGUAAGGCCUUCUCAACUGCUUUGGAUACAACAGGUCUACUAUGGUAUAACUGUAACAACAUAAUCUAGUAAAAUUCGAAAUUUAAGAUCAGAAGAUACUGCUCUGAGAGGAUAACGUCAAUCUUGUCAUCAGUUGCUACCUUGAAAUGCUAUUCUCCAUCACCUGUACAGGCUGUGCAAAAUAGGAUUAGAGGAAGAAGGAGGUGGGGGUUUGAAGAAGAAAAUUAAUGGAAAGUGUAACGCAAUAUUUUCAAUUAAAAAAAAAUGGCACAUUUGAACAUUUUUGUUACAACAUGAAUGUAUUUUGUGCAGCUGAAACAAUCUGCCAAACUAUAUUCCUAGCUUGACUUGAUAGUGCAAGGGCACCCAGCUGUAUUAGUAUGUUGUUUUUUUUUGUUAUUGUUCAUAUUAGAAUAAAAAUGCUAUCUGUGGUAUUUAUUUAUUUAUUUUAAUAUAUUGUUCAGGAAUUGCUGCCUAGGAUGUAUUUAUUUGGACAUCAAAAAGGUAAAUGUAGGUGAGGAGAAUAUGGUGAAACAGGUAGAGGAUUGUGAAUUUUCAUACGUCUGCCUCUUGAUAUAUAUAUAUAUAUAUAUAUAUAUUAGCUUAUGAGGAAAUUGAUGGUAUAGAGCUAACGGGUUCGUCUACCGAAGUAUACAAAUUCAGAGAGAAAGAAAGCAGUUACAAGAGAUUUUGUGUUAUGGUUUGAGAUUUGAUUUUUUGGACUUAGGUUCCUUUAUUGUCAUUGAUUGAUGUGUAAAAUCUAAAAUCAGACCGCGGGAUAUACUCAAGCAGAUUGGUUCCAGAUAAUGUACUGUGCAUCUUCGGCGAGGCAUGCCACUCGUAGUACAUCAAAAGUAGAGUAUUAAUUCUUUUUAUUUUUUACCCUGCUGUAAUGUCUUCAAAAGUCGGUCCUUCUCGUUGGUAUAUUUUCUUCUUCCUCCUUUCCAAUUUGUUUGUGUCAGAUUGUAUGUGAGCUUCUGUUUGAUUAUCUAGUGUGGAACGAUAGAGGGGAUACCCAUCUAGGAUCCCCCAUUAAAUAAGUUACUGAAAUUCUGAUUCAUUUUCUA